AUGGCACCCAUAACUGUACACGAAUGGCGCCACCACCUCUCUGAUACUCUUUCAAAUAACACAAAUGCUAUUUCCGGUAACUCGCACGAUUCGGCGGUUGCUUAUGAGAUAUAUCGCUUCAACCGUAUCCAUGAACUUGAGCGAACACUUGAGAUGCGCAAGGCUGAACUGGAGGAGAUUCUUGAACGUGUUGAUUCAGAUCAUCAAAAGAAGCUUGAGUUAGAUGAACUCUUCGCAAGUUUGGAUGCGGAGGAUUCGCAAAUGAAACUAAAUGCUACCGAUGGGCAGAAUACAAAUCUGGAAGGUCUUGAGGAGCUCUUAGUACACAAGAGGCUACAGAUUGGGGGGGAUGCCGUUUGA